AUGACAACGGCCCUGAUCUUUGGUUCCACUGGCGCAGUGGGCUCCCAAGUCCUUGCUACCCUCCUCCCCUCUACUACUUGCACGUCCAUCACAACUAUAUCCCGUCGCGCCCCGCCAACGCAAGACUCCAGACUUCAAUCCAUCAUCGAAACUGACACCACACAAUGGGGCCCCUUAAUCGCCGCUCUAUCCCCGGUUCCCUCGGUGGUCUUCAACGCUGUCGGCACUACGAUCGGCAGCGCAGGCUCUGUCGCCGCGCAAUGGGCAAUCGACCACGAUUUAUGUGUAGAAAAUGCAAAAGCGGCAAGAGCAGUAGGUGUUAAGACGUAUGUCUACUGUUCGAGCGCAGGGACAAGCGGGGCGCUGAGCCCAUUUGCCCUGACACCUUAUGCCAAAAUGAAGAGGGGCGUCGAGAAACAUAUCAAGGAAUUGGACUUUGAGAAUGCCAUAAUCUUGAGACCAGGAAUGAUUAUGGGAAGAGAAGACCCAAAGAAUAAGUGGCUGGAGAAUAUCUUUCAUGGGAUGAAGAAGUUCGGACACGGAUUCCAAGACAAGUGGGCGCAAGAUCAAACGAUUAUCGGGAGAGCUGCGGUGGCUGCUGUGAGGAUGGUAGAAGAGGGGCGAGCUCCUUCAAGGUUUUGGGUGCUGGAACAACUUGAUAUUGUGAACCUGGGUAGAGACGAAUGGAAAGACUGA